AUGGCUUUCUCACCACAGAAUUGUGUAGGGGAGUGUCGGGGUGGCCAGACCUGGUGGGAACAGGGAAAGAUGUGUACCGACCUGACGGACUCGUAUUCCAGCAGUCAACCCAUCCAGCAGGAGAUCGCGGUGAUGCUCAUGCAUCAAAACUUUGAGUGGCAAGAGGGGGAUACCGUCCUCGACGUGGGAUGUGGCACAGGUGAGAUUUCAAAAUACGUUGCACAGCAGCACGGCGUGAAGUCUGUGGAGGCGUUUGACGUCUCGCCUGACAUGGUACGGCAUGCUCGUAAAAACAGUCCCCACGAAAAGGUAGCAUACCACAUCGCCGACGCUCGCGAUGAGCUUGCCAUGAAGCUGGUUUGGGAGGAGUCCUUCAGAAAGGCCGUGUGUUUCAAUGUUCUCCACUGGAUAGAAGAAAAGGAACGUGUGAUCAGGAAUGUGUUCUCGACUCUUAAACAGGGAGGGGAAUUCCUCUUCAGUGUCUCUGCGGGUGUCCCUGCCAUGACAGUCGCCCGAGGAAUAAUCGAAUAUCCCAAAUGGAAGGAGGCAUUCACUGGCUUCUCAUACCCGGUGUGGGAAUGGCCCAAAGGGGAUGCUAUCGGGAUGCAGAAGCUGCUGGAAGAUGUAGGCUUCGAAGUGAUCACUUGUGUCAAUCAAGUGUUUACUGUCAAGUUUGAGUCUGACCAGGAAGAAAAGAUGUUUCUUCGGCCUCUACUGAGUCAUCUGGAGCAUAUACCUGCUCACCUUCACGAUGAGUUUCUCAUGGAUUUCAUCUACGUCUUCUACACUUUCGCCCCAAAGGAUGAAAACCAACGUGCUAUCUGGGAAUUUCCUUUUGUUGUUGCUCACGUUAGAAAAUAG